ACUCCCACGUCCCUUCCACUCACAGGUGGUGGACACUGGACACCUGCGACACGCCGACACCCCUCAAGCCCCCAUCCACCUCGCAAGGACGCACGAACUGCAUGCCCCAUAGCCUUCGAUAAGAGGGGCCUCCUUCAUUCAGUUAUGCAAGGCUCCUCGUAACUAUAGGUAACUACAGGGUGUUAUUUCAUGCUUACUCGUCAUUGCUCUCACUGACCGGGCCGACCUCUGGUCACGAUGUUUGGUGGGUCUUAUCUUAACGCCUUGUUACAUUUGACCCGAGAUUCAUAGCUUCCUCCAUGUCUGCUCCACAUACCAAGCGCAUUUGCCAGAUCAUCAAGCUUAAACCAGAAUGCUUAGACGAGUACAAAGAAGUCCACAGGAACGUCUGGCCUGGUGUUCUGGACACUCUCAGACGAUACCAUAUCGCGGACUACUCGAUCAACCAUUACCCGCCGUUGAAUUUGCUCAUCGCAAACUUCAAGUAUACGGGCAGUGAUUUUGAGAAAGACAUGAAAGCUAUUGGGGACGACGAGGAGACGCAGAGGUGGUGGAGGCUCACAGAUGCCAUGCAGGAGAGCUUUAAUGACGGUGCGUCAGGGAGCGGAAAGCAGAUCCCUUGGUGGACGGACGUCGGGGAAGUCUUCCGCUUAUAGGAAGGCUCUUGAGCAUGGCAUGUUAACAGUCGUUUAUUGGCCUUUGAUGUCCAUACAGAUGAGGCGUCGAUUCCUCUGACAAGUACCCGGGUGUCGUACUUGAAUUCUGCCUGUAUUCCUAGUCAAUUCAAGGCUUCGAUUGAUGAGACCAGAGAGCCCCACUGACAUCGCGAAGACAACAAAGUUUUACUAGUCGACUCAAGUAUCAUGCCACACUUGUGUCCCACCCUUGCUCAUAUUACGUCGUUCUUGAAUUCUGCGCGUGUUCACUUUAAUUAAUUUGAUCAUUUCCAGUCUCGUUAAUUGAAGCACCUUGUUCUUCUAGCAUCAAAGCUGGCUAACGCCCAAUAGGAUGAACUUUCAUUAUCAACCGAUUUUCAUCAUUUCAGCGCUAACAGCGAAAUCGAACCCGGUCGAGUUCCAAAUUCCUCAGAGACAAUCGCCUCGUU